ACUACAGGAAUGUUGACACGGCGUUUGUAGUUGUAACUUACUUAUGAUAAAUUUAGAGAAGUCUUCGGUCAUUUACGUAAUUUUAUUGCAUGCUACAGUCGGCGUUAUAGCGGACUAGUCAGUUGUCACGACACCAUGUUUUGAAGCAAUCUAUCAAGGGACUGGAGGUUGGAUGUUAGCAAAAGCAUCUCCUCACAAUUAUGAACAUGCAUUUCACUAACAACGAGGACAUGCAAGUGAGGGUGAAGGUUGCAUAUAACGGAGAGGUCCUUGUGUUCUACAUGGACCCACUUACCACCUUUUCACGGCUGGGCAAUGAGAUCAGAAGCAUUUGCAAGUUUAAGAGUGAUCAGAUUUUCACUAUAAAAUGGGUAGACGAGGAAGGAGACCCCUGUACAAUAUCAUCUCAGGAGGAACUAGAGGAAGCAAUACGCCUCUAUGAUGUCAACAAGGAAAAUGAACUUAGCAUGCAUAUAUUCCCUAACGUGCCUCAGCGACCAGGAUUGCCUUGUGUGGGAGAGGAUCGAGCGAUGUAUCGCAGGGGUGCCAGAAGGUGGCGCAAGUAUUACCGAGUUAACGGACAUACAUUCCAGCCCAAGCGUUUCAGCCGGAGGGCGGUGUGUUCGUUCUGCUCGGACCGUAUCUGGGGGCUGGGCCGGCAGGGAUACAAGUGUGUCACGUGCAAGCUUCUCGUUCACAAGCGCUGCCACAAGCUCGUCAAGAUCCCAUGCCAGGGCCCUGCCGACUCUCCGCUGUUCGGACACGAACACUCCGUGUCCAUGCCAGCAAUACUAGAGGACGACACAGCAGCCAACGGACAAAAGAACGAGGGAGACUACUCUAAGGCGGAGGACAGUGCGAGUACGAACCAGGCAGAGCUGAAUGACGAUGCGCAGACUCAGAGGAACAUCAAUCAGACGGGCAAGGCCGCGCUCGAACAGUUCACGCUUCUUCGCGUGAUCGGACGGGGAAGCUACGCCAAGGUGUUAAUGGUGGAACAGAAGAAGUCUAAGCGCAUCUAUGCUAUGAAGGUCAUUAAGAAGGAAUUGAUUAACGAUGAUGAGGACAUAGACUGGGUGCAGACGGAGAAACAUGUCUUUGAGACCGCAUCGAACCAUCCCUUCCUCGUUGGCCUUCACUCUUGCUUCCAAACUGCCAGCAGGUUGUUCUUUGUGAUAGAGUUUGUGAGCGGAGGAGAUCUGAUGUUUCACAUGCAGCGGCAGCGUCGGCUUCCUGAGGAGCACGCGAGAUUCUACGCCGCAGAGAUUUGUCUUGCACUCAACUUCCUACACGAGAGAGGCAUCAUAUACAGAGACUUGAAACUGGACAAUGUGCUAUUGGAUCAGGAUGGACAUAUCAAACUCACAGACUACGGCAUGUGCAAGGAGGGGCUGAAGCCGGGGGAUACGACGGGAACGUUCUGUGGCACGCCAAACUACAUCGCACCAGAGAUCCUGCGUGGGGAAGACUACGGGUUCAGUGUGGACUGGUGGGCGCUGGGCGUUCUAAUGUUUGAGAUGCUCGCUGGCCGAUCUCCAUUCGACAUCGUUGGCAGCGCAGAUAAUCCGGAUCAGAACACUGAGGAUUAUCUCUUCCAGGUCAUCCUAGAGAAAACCAUUCGUAUUCCACGGUCGCUGUCGGUGAAGGCUCGCUCUGUCCUCCAAGGUUUUCUCAACAAGAACCCGUCUGAAAGAUUGGGAUGUCUUCCAACGACUGGUUUCGCUGACAUUCAAGCUCAUCCGUUCUUCAAGAACAUUGACUGGGAACAGGCUGAGGGCAAACAGGUGACGCCACCAUUCCGACCCAAUGUCAAAGACCCGUACGACUACGAGAACUUUGACCCGCAGUUCACCAAUGAACCAGUGCAGCUAACACCUGAUGAUUUGCGUACACUGGAGAAGAUCGACCAGUCAGAGUUUGAAGGAUUUGAAUAUGUCAACCCACUUCUCAUGUCCAUAGAAGAUGCCGUAUGAUAACCAACGCAUACUCCCUACUCACUUUACCAGGCUGCUAGCCUGACAACCCCCUACCCUAGUGUAGGGUAUGGUCAGAAGCGGGGCUGGUAACCCUCUACAUCGGCAUAGGUUGUGGUCGGGUGUUGGGCUGGUACCUCUGCUCUACCGUAAGCCGGGGUUCAUUGCUGGGUCGAGUCUGACCGGGGCAGGUUGGUUAAUUAAUCAGUAGCCCAAUUUUAUGCAGUGGUCGGGUUGUGGAUUGGCCCUAUUCCCUACCCUAGCGUGGAGCAUGGCAGGGGACCAGGCUGGGGUUUAACCUGCAAUGUGAGGCAGCUUCGGUGAGAACGGAGAACAAUUGGAUGAAGUUCCAGCAGCUUGAACAUGUGCAACAUUCCCGUGUAUAUCAUCGCUCAAUAGUUAGACGUACGGCUUACGUAGUAAUGUGUGCCGACCGUUGUUCACUCCCACGCUGCGUGAUGUGCUGCCCCUCUCACACGCGCUCAUGCACGCAGUCUGAGCAGAUACGUGGUGAGCAGAGAGGUAUUGGAGGUCACUGAUCUCUAUAUAUUAGCUGCAUGGCACAUUGUUGGUAUUACGUGAUGUCGCCUGGUCGCCAUAUUGGUCGGCUGAAACGUCGUGUUAUCAGCAGGGAGUAACUAUAAGGGGGUUGGACGUUGGUUGAAUGCACGUCCGUUAGAUUAACACGUUGCAUGUUCUCGCAGCAAAAUGCAUAGAUAUACCUACUGUGAGCUCGUCCAUGUUGUAAAAAUUCACUACAACUUAUUUGAAUUGCUACUUUCACUACAAUUCUUCAUAAAAUAUAAACGAAAGUUACGAAAGUAGUACCACAGGAUGUUUACAGUAUUUACACAUCCGGUACACAACCGAGCGAACGUUGUGCUGCAUUAACAGUUCUUUUCUGUGAUAAUACCUGUUAUACGUUAUUGUUCGAUUUUUACUCAGUACGAAGUUGUGGAAUUUGUUUAAAUCAUAUGUUAUCUACAUUACUUAUGCAACCAGGAGACAAAUAUAUAGUUUUCGUUCCAGGAACUAUUUGUGCUAGCGUAGGCCUACUGUUGGCUUUUCACUCCAAAACAACUUAUGUGUAUCUAUACGCCGAAACCACGUCCGACGCUGUUUCGAAAAUUCCAAUGUUUGGAGCACAUUUCUGGCUCAAUAAGAACAUUUCGUGAUGUUUGCAUACUGCAAGUAUGCUCACAGUAGGUGUAUGUAGGCUUUUUGUAUGCGAGGUUUAUCCAUUUUAAACCGAUUCUUGGUCGACAAAUAUGUUGGCCAAUUAAGUGACCUCAUCUGGUAGCACAAUUGUGAUAGGACAACGUGCUAUGCAGUUAUUAUAUAUAUAUCGGCGGUUGCCGUUCUGUCUUCCGCCAUGACAUAACAAGUGAACAUCGGUCGGAUAGCCGUUUUCUGCUCAGUGUUAUGCAGUGGCUCGUGGGUCGAUGUCUGUGUGAGUUGUUCCGUUGAACGGUGCCUUGAGACCGUUUUGCAACUAUUUUUUCUAUGGUGCCACUAAUAAUAAUUGUGUUUUUAUAUAUCUCAAGAGGUUGUUUUGUCGACGGACAGAGAAAGCGCGCGCGUUCGCUUCUGUUAUAUAUUUUGCCAGUCACGUCAAGUCGGCUGUUCGGUUGUGAUCUAUAGCCGGCUGAGUUUCCCAACCUAAUGCCAAUCACCGUGUAGAUAGCGCCGUCAUUCUAUGUUGGCAGAAGUGGGCGUAGUCGUGUAACCAUGUGCGGAAACCAGAAUGUAGAGUCAAAAUGCUGUGUAAACACUGAAGAAAAUCAUGUAGAACGUGGUAACAUAUCGCGGGGGUGCAUGCAUGAGCGCGCGUUAACGGUGGCAGCUGUCUAUCUAUAGUUUAACGCGUUUGCGGUAUGUAAAGUCUCGAUGCGUGAGUCAGGUAGGACUCGUGCAGGAAGAACAUCAACAUUUAUGCUCUCGCGUCUCGGUCGCCGUCACGGGAUGGAGUCAGAGCCGUAUAUAGAGACUCUAGUAUAGAGUCUCAAUAUAUGGCUCUGGAUGGAGUGAGACAACGGCGGCAUCUGGUGGUGAGUCGGGUAGAUGUAAUAUAUGACCACUGCUUAGCUGAAAUACUGUGUGUCUACAUAUAUAUAUACAUAUAUAUAUAUACACACAUAUAUAUAUAUAUAUAUAUAUAUAUAUAUAUAUAUUAUAUUUAUUGCAUCCCGUACGGUGACUGGGACCGAUGAGCUGUCUUGAGUGAAGAGCUUAGGCUGGCCCGUAUUUCUGUGUACAUAAUCUGUAAUUUACACGACCGCCGCGUCAUCGUCUGAUUGCACAGAUUUUCUACCGUUUCUCGGUUAAGCAGAACUGGCGAUUGAAUAUCUAUCUACUAGCGAGUUAUUAUUAAUCUAUUACACAUGUAUAAUUUAAUAACGAUACGUUGAUGAGUGAGUGAGCGAGUGAGUGAGUGAGUGAGUAAGUGAGUAAGAUCAUGUAUGACCAAAACUGUAGUGAUUUUUAUAUAUCUAGCGUAUUUGUAACCAACCAUUCCUCAAAUCUCUUGCUACAAUCGAACACGGCAGCUGUGUCUUGUUAUGAUUUUGUUGUCGAAUAUUUAUAGUUUAGUUAUACACGCCGUAUACACACGAAUAUCUAUCGAUCUAAAUAGAUAGCGAUCGAUUUGGAUUACCGAAACUCGUGUCUUUUGACUCUUUUCAUGUGAUAAGACACGACUGAUGCCCUUACAUGGUCGUGUAAACGAAUUGUUUAGUGUUGAAAUAAGUUCAUCGGAUUUCAUGAUGAUAAUAUUAAGAGUAAUUUUAUUCUGAGAUAAGUGUAAAUAUACUGACCCGUUGACGACAGUUCGAAACUAUAGUCUACAUGUCAACGUAUUUGGAUCCAUCUUAAAAUUAGAAUUGCUCUUAGUAGUGUGCUUGUAUGUCAUGCGAAAGCACUGAGCACUUACGCUAAUGAUUUACUUCGCGUGUGUACCGGCUUUGUUCUGGGUAGGAGAGAUUUAUGAUGAAGGGACAUACAAUUACUCGUCUAUAAAACGCCUUCACCUCGUUUCAGAUGUAGACUGUGAAACGAUUGUAAUUUCAGCACAAGAUGAUAGCGUUAUUAAUCUCUAUAAGGGAAAGCACCCGCGUAUUGUCAACGAACCUUCCCUUCCAUUACAUUUCUUUUCCACUUUCUUUCCUUUCCAUUCCCUGCACACUUCUCCCGGCGACGUCAUUCCCUCCCCUCCCGCCGGCUCUACAUGUUCCCCUUGUCCACGCGAUCCUCUUUCGUUGUGAAAUCAGAAACAUUGUUUAUAACUACUCUUUAGUGAUGUAGCAUACCUCAUUAUUUUAGGACUGACGUCAUUCCGAGUAUAUAGAAUAUGUUUGCGUAACAACGCCCUGGUUCUUUCUAACCCUUGAUUCUCCUUGGGGACCAUUGCUCACGUAAUGAAUAUUUUCACCUGCAAAGUGUAAAGAUGGGUUGCCGAAUUGAUUUAUAUUUCAUUAUCAUUCCAAAAUGAUCGUGUUUGUUUGGCGACGCGGGUCAUUGGCAGUUAGAAGGCUCGCCGUUCGACUGACGGAGUUUAGAAGGAUGUCAUACUCAUUGAUAAUAAUCGCAUCCGUAUAUAUGCUACUAAGAACAUUCCCUGGGUCUGCUGUUACGUGUCCAUGAGAAUGAACAAUAUAACAUGCAAGUUUAUAAGCAUACCACGCA